GUGCCCUCGGAAUCUUGGAUAACGAGAUAACGGGACUCUUAAUUUUGGUUUCGCGAUCUCCCGUCACUCCUCACUCUCGUCAGCUCCGGCGCAAGGAGAAGCCGCGUCUCGCGCACUGAUCGGAAUGGCGCCGAUGGCCGCCGUCAACAGCGUCGCCAAAUGCGGCGGCAUCCUCCUCCUCUCCACCUGCCGCCGCCAGCUCCGGCGGCCGAUGGUCCUCUUCCCAGCGGCGAACGUCAAGAGCGGCGCGCUCUUGGCUUCGAGGGGCGGAGGAGGGGGCGGGCUGCGGAUUUGCAGGGCUUCGAGUGCGAGCGCGAAUGACGUGGAGGUCGCCGCCGCGAGCUCUUCGGAUCCGGCGACGGAGGUGAAGGAAGCGGGGCCGGAGCCGGAGCCGGAGUCGGAGGAGGAGAGGAUGAGAAAAAUAGGGGAGGCGGCGAGCGUGCUGGACAUAAGAGUGGGGCAAGUGCUCAAAGCGUGGAGGCACGAGGAGGCCGACUCGCUGUACGUGGAAGAGGUGGACGUCGGCGAGCCUGAACCGAGAAUCAUCUGCAGCGGCCUCGUCAAGUACGUCCCUCUCCAAGAGCUUCAGGGCAGAAAUGUAGUUGUACUAGCAAAUCUGAAGCCAAGGAAUAUGCGUGGAGUUAAAUCAAACGGAAUGCUUCUGGCUGCUUCUGAUGCAUCUCAUGAAAAUGUUGAGCUUCUUUUGCCUCCUGAGGGCUCGAUGCCUGGUGAGAGAAUAUGGUUUGGUUCAGAAGAUGAAAAAGAAAAACAACCUCUUCCUGCAACGCCUAAUCAGGUUCAAAAGAAAAAGAUUUGGGAGUCGGUCCAGCCCCAUCUGAAGACCGAUGCUUCCUGUAAUGCCAUGCUCGGACAUCACUUCAUGCGGACAUCUCUAGGUAUGGUAGUAUGCAAAUCUCUGAAGAAUGCCAAUAUAUCUUGACUGUGUAUGGCAAUGUGCUUCUCAUUCUGGUCCUUUUCUUUUGAAUCACGAGCAGUAGCAUCCUAUCAGCUAAUAUCAUCAAACUGUAAAGUGCUAGAGGGCUAGAGUUGAAAUUUCCCUUCGGUUCUUUCAUGAAUGUAUGUUACGGGCAGAGGCUUGCCAUUUUUCAAAGGAGAGAACGAUUUUGAAUGGAGAUGCGAACUUAAUGCUGGCGAUGAUGAGGAAG